UAAGCUUAAACAGACAUGCCCCAGCUCAUCGUGACCUUAUUGCGCGCCAGCAACCUGCCUGUCGCCGACACCUUCAUCCAGGGCAGUGCCAGCGACCCUUUUGUGACCUUCCAGCUAGGUGACGAGUAUCUACGCUCGUCUUGCAUCAGCGAGGCGCUCGAUCCUGUGUGGCAGCCGGCGGAGACGUUCGAAUUUGAGGUGCCGCAUACGUCGCGGAACGUGGAGCGCGAGCUGCUGAUCCAAGUGGUGGACAAUGACCGCUUCAAGAUGGACGACUUGCUGGGGGAUCUACGUCUCCGUCUGUCCACUUUCGAGCGACGUCCCAAUGAGGCCGUCGUUGAGACCUAUGAGCUAAAAGUCCCGGGAGCUUUAAAGACCGCGGCCAAGUUUCCCGAUAAGAAGACGACGAUCCAGUUGGACAUUUGCUUUGCAGAAGAGACAGAUGGACAGAGGACGCUGUGUAUCUGGGAGAACGAGGAUUAUGUGGACGGCAAGUGGACGCCGUCGCACAACAACGAGCGUCGUCAUUGGAGCACCUUGGACCUCCAGACGUCCUCCGACAACUUUGACCAAGUAGCCCCGGAAGUCCCCGAAGGUCUCGAAGGGUCUGGAUGGGCUUACUCUACUAAGAAGGGGGACGACCAUGGAUGGAUCUACGCAAGCACGUACACGGGUCCGUGGUCGUCCGCGUCCUUCGCCACGAGCUACGCGCGUCGUCGACUGUGGCAGAACAACUGCCGUCCUGCAGUCGCGUGCGAGUGA